UGGCUGACUCACUCUCACACUCGAGUGCAAGCAAGAUUUCCAACCUCCAUGUUUCCAACGUUACUUUCGCCGGCCGGUACAACAAAAGUUUUCGAAAAGAAUUGUUUUGAAUUUGAAUUUCGAGAAUGGACGGUGAGCAACGGGCAUUGAGACCGUUCUCAGUUGUGCGAUUUUUACCUGACUCGGAAAAUGAAGACAGUGACUCAGACUUUCCUGAAGAAGAGGUCGAAGUUGUCAGUUCAAGCUGGAUACCAGAUCACAAAGCCAAAGAUCACUGCUUCUGGCCCCCCAAAAAAUUAUGGAAUAGAGCCAGUAUCUUGGCAACGGAUCAUCAAGAACCAGAUUUGGAAACAUGGACUUUGCAUCGAAUAGCUUUUGAUCAUGAUUACAAGUCAGUGUACACAGCAAGACAAAACAGGAACAAAGUUGCUAAAAAUGAAACAUGCUCCACUGAGAUGUCUGACAGUGGCCCUUUGAGAAAGAAAAGGAAGAGUAAGAUGCCCUCUCGGUUUUUAGAUAGUCCUGAAGAACACCAAUCAAUCAAGAAGAAAGUUUCUGGGAAACAGGAGAUUAAGUCAGUCAGAGGAAAGGCAGGAAAGGGAAAUAAUGUCUCUCAGCAACAGCAUAGCUCAGACUCCGAACGGGAAGAAGUACCACCCCCAUCAGUUAAUGUUGAUGCGUUAGAGGCUAAAUUAAACAAUUUAUUGGCCAAGAGACAAGUCUCUGCUGUAUCCGUUCAGGGCCAAGGCAAGAAGUCUAUUAACCCCUUAGAUCUAGCUUCCUCUAGUAGCGCUGGUGUAGUAUUCGGGCAGUCAUCCAAGUCUAGGAAAUCUACUCACCAACACGGGCAGUCAUCCAAGUCUAAGAAAUCUACUCACCACAGUCCAAAUUCAUUGAAAAAUAGCUCAGUAAUUCCUAACGCAGGAUCAAGGUUGGUAGUGGAAGCUGCCUCCAGUGCUGCACGUGUCAAUGUCUUUUCUAGGCAGAAUAAGGCUCAAAAACCUGCAGCUUCAGAUAGAGAUGACACUGGAUAUGAUACACCUGUUGAUAUGGAAGAAGUUGAAUUGGGGGUAGACAGUUCUGUGCCACAAGGCAAUGUAUCACAGUCAGAUACUGGUGCUGACUCUUCACAUGAGCUGCAGUAUUCACCGCCUAUUUCCAAUCCUGACUCUUCACAUGAGCUGCAGUAUUCACCUCCUAUUUCCAAUCCUUCAAAAGAUACUGCAAAUAUUGGAAUCACCAGCGAGGAUUCCAACCGUUCUGAUGCACAUAAUUUGUCUCCUGAAAAGUCAAAUGACAAUCCCAUUAACAAGCCAACAGAGAGAACAAAGGGGACCUCCCGUACAAGUGCAGACAAGGCAGAAGAAUUGAACCCCUCUGUUGUGGCGCUUCUCUUUGAAAAACUUGAAGAGCUGUCUAUCCGACAGAAAAGAAUUAUGGGCACUCAAAGGCGGAUGAUUUCAUACAUUGUGCCAGAAGAAGAUCUUGCAGAAGAAGAUAUUGAUGAAUUGCCCGACUUUCCUAUUGAUGAUGUUGAUGGUUUUGAAGAGUUAGAGUCCAUCCUUAGUCUUAAGCAAAACCGUCAGAAUUUUGUUAAAAUGCUAGUGGCACUACCCUUUAACGAACAAUCAGAGAAAUAUGCUACUGGCGUCAUGUUAAAAGAAGUUAUAACGAACAGAUUGUCCAGGCUGGUCAGUUGGGGCUCAACACAGGGGAGCAAAUUAUGCUUCAAAAAAUCUCAGUGCUACAAGGGUAUUCAGAUUGCCAUUUUAAAACUCUUCCCCCAAUCUAAGCUAACCAUCUGUCAACAGAAGUGCCAAAUUUGGUUCAACACCAGUAACCAGAGAACUGUGAAACCAAAGCAACCAAAGGCUAAAAAGGUCAAGUGAUAUGUA